GCCAAAUUGCUCUAUAUCUGUAUUCUUUUAAUUUUAUUUAGAAUAUGAAGAGACAAAACAUAGACAAAUACUAUAUAAAAAUAAUUCAUACUAUAAAGAUUAAAUGAAAAUGACCAACUUUAUAUGAUGAGUUUCUUCUUAUCAGACGGAAAACAGAGGAGAGUGUGGGAGUCACAGACUUCAGCACCGUUGCAGAGUAUAAUAAAUAACAACUUAUAAAUGCAUGUUAACUAUUUAUAGAUACUUACAGACUUAAAAUUUUUCAUCAUGGCUUGCGUUGAUGACCUCCCUGAAGAAAUACUGGAGUAUAUAUUGUGUCUUAUAUCACCUUACAACGAUUUAAGAAAUUGUAGACAGUGGACUGUUAUACCUCAAUUCCAGUGCCUCGACUCCAGGCACAUGUGUGGACAACAUUUGCUAUUUAGAAUUGGAAAUUAUGUAGGCAAUUUUUUCACAAAGCUGUCCAAAUUUGUUAUUUCUACUCACAAUUAUAUAAGUGAAAGUAUUGGUGAUUGUUUGGGAAAUGACUCCUUAGAGACCAGAUCCAGCUUUUCUGGCAGUUACAGUCUGUGUGUCACCUCUCACAUGACAGGAAUUGAGAAAGAGGUGUGCCAGCGAUGGUAUACAUGUUGUCAAGGUGUUGUUGAAAAAAGGAAGUCUCGUUUCUUUUCUGCUCUUCGAGCUGGGUGUGUGGAAUGGUUUAGCCCAGUGUACCCAAGUCACAUCAUUCCCAUCAGCAGAAGAUACUCACACUCAGCAUGUGUACAUGAAUCCUCUAUGUAUGUUUUUGGUGGAUGUACAUCAACGAAUACUACCUUCAAUGACUUAUGGCGGUUUGAUUUAGGGCUACAUGGAUGGACUCGUCUAUUGACAACUGGCACAUAUCCUUCUCCAAAGGCCUAUGCUUCUAUGGUAACAUGGAACAAUUGUCUAGUGUUAUUUGGUGGUUGGACACACCCUUCCCUCUACCCAUUACACCAGCAGUGGGUCUUGUUUAGUGAACUUCAUGUUUAUGAUAUUUUGGGUAAUCGUUGGACCCAGCUGUACUAUCCUGGAUCACCACCACCAACAGCUGGUCACUCUGCAUCUGUACAUGGAAGUGUGAUGGUUGUUUUUGGGGGCUUGCAAAAGCAAGAGGGAACAUCUGCAAGUACUAAUGAUGUAUUUUGCUUGGACCUUGUAAGACAGUGUUGGUUUAAACCAGUUGUAUCAGAUCCCAUGCCAAAGCCUAGGUAUGGGCAUUCACAAAUUAAGUUGAAUGAAAAGCACAUUCUCAUAUUAGCAGGAUGUGGAGGCUCUAAUAAACUGUACAAUGAUAUUUGGCUUCUAACAUUACCAGACAAUAUAUAUGAUCCAAGUGCUAAGUGGCAGUGGGAACAAAUUUCAGUAGAGGAGUCAGAGUUUAUGCCUUCACAGAUGUGGUACAAUCCUGCUUGUAAAGUUGGAAAUAGCAUAGUUGUAUUAUCAACCUGUGGAUCAAACAGCAACUCUGCAGGUGGCAAUAUGUCACAACUUCUAGUACCAGGUACAGUAAGGAGACAACCUGCCAAUGUUUGGGUUCCUCCAGCACAGCAGCCAGAAGUCCAGCCACAUGAACAUCCUCCUCCAGAUCGUCAUCAGUUGGAGCCAAAUGUGAAUGGUCAGCGUGGUUUUCUUAGGCCUGGUUUAAGGGCUGUAGACCAGGCAGAAUCAAGCAGUGAUGAGAAUGAUGACCUUAAUCCACAAGGUGGACCAGGAGUACCAGGAAGAGGAAGGCCACGACCAUCCAUAAGACCCAAUGCAUCCAGUGAUAGAGAACGCCGUCUCCAAGUCUUGUCAAGAAUGAAAGAAAGACUUCGUGAAUUGUCAAGGCACCAGCAGGGGGAACAAAGUGCAGCAGCACCAAUGAAACCAGCUCCUACUAGAAGUACAGUAAUUCCUCAUAUGUUGGACAUAGGUCAAGUUAUCACUACAAAGAGAGCAAAAUGGUGGCCAGUCAACCAAGGUGGAAUCCUAACAAGCUCAGGCACACCACCUCAGCCAUCUCUCCUGUAUUCCCUAGUUCUUGGUCGAGGUCACCUUGUCAUGUUUGGUGGCAUUCCCCAUGACCCCACUGGAGGACAGGGUCAGGAGACAGUUUCUAACUCUGUAAUAUUUGUAUCUGCUCCUUCCAGUUCUUUUAUUACUGCAUAAUUAGCUAUGACGAAAUGCUGAGUUCAAAUUCCUUGCUCUCUCAGAUGUUUGAAACAAUUCUCUGCUUAAUUUUGGGUUUCAAAUAUUUCUUUAAAAAGAGAGAGAUCUACUUCUGUUGAUACUCCUGACACCCUUUAUUUUUACCACUUUGACUGGCCUAUAAGAUGCAUUUUUUUUGAAAAAAUUAAAUACAUACUUACAUUCAAGAUAUCUGUUUAAUAGAUUAAAGAUCAAGUUAAAAAAUUGUAUUAUUACAUUAAUUUCACAUCACAUCAAAAUAAUUUUCCAUAA